AUGACUACACUAUUCGCCUCUCGUCACCACUUCCCCAUGGACCCAUCUCCGUUCAACCCACACGCGCUUCCGCCAUCCGCUGCCUCCUCACACUCAUCGCUCUCAUCGCCGCGCAUGUUCUCCGCAGACGGCCCCGCCACAGGCAUCCCGGAACACCGUUCCACCCCCUACGGAUCACCGUUCGUCAAACAUGAAAACAACGCCCGUCCCAGGACCCAAUCUCCGCUCCAGAUAUCAACCUCUGCCGCCUCUGCGCACGAGACCGACCCCGAGGAGGAGACCGCGCACCCGUCGCGCAUGCGGACUCAGCUGCAGCACGGAAAGGGGAGCGCGAGCGGCGCAACAGUAACAGCAGCAGCAGCAGCAGCAGCAGCAGCAGUAGCCGACGGCGGCGCCCAGGCGAGUACCAGCUCUUCCCGACGCAGUCCCUCCCCAUCACGCACACUCGCCCGCCCGCCCUCCGUCUCGCUCACCGCCAGCCACGGCUUCGGCAACCUCGACGACGGCCUCAGCCGGCCCCUCACCCACAAGGAGCGCGAGCUCCUCGCCCACCUCGACCGCCUCAAGUUCUUCCUGGCCACGGCGCCCUCGCGGUGGACAGACGCCGCCGACGUCAACCCCGCCGACCCGUCCUCGCUGCCCGUCGGACACCCGAACUCGGCCCACCCCGCGCUCAACCGCUUCCUGCUGCCCAACUCCGAGUACGUCUCUUGCGUCCUCUGGGGCGGCCUCUACCACAUCACCGGCACGGACAUCGUGCGCGCCCUCGUCUUCCGCUUCGAAGCCUUUGGCCGCCCGGUCAGGAACAUGAAGAAGUUUGAGGAGGGUGUCUUUUCUGACCUCCGGAACCUGAAGCCCGGUGUGGACGCUUGUCUGGAAGAGCCCAAGUCGCCCUUCCUCGAUUUGCUGUUCAAGUAUCAGUGCAUUCGCACGCAGAAGAAGCAGAAAGUCUUCUAUUGGUUCUCUGUCCCGCAUGACCGGCUCUUCCUCGACGCCCUCGAGCGCGACCUCAAGCGCGAGAAGAUGGGCCUGGAGCCCACGACCGGCAUCACCGGCGAGCCCGCGCUCUCCUUCUCAUACGACCCCAAACGCUCUCUCUACGAACAGUUCAGCAAGGCGUCUGGUGUCGCCGAGGGCGAGGGCGAGCUCGAGGCCGCGGUGCGGCGCGCCGACCAGGCCAAGGGCGGCGACGACGGCGGCAGGGACAACGGCGCGUCCUCCAGCGCGUCCGAGAGGCACCAGUCCGACGCCGACAUGUCCUCUUCCGAGGCCGACGAGCCGGGCAAGUCCAGCGACGAGAAGCGGUCGUCCAAAUCCAAGUCUGCGCUGCACGGGCCCAACUCGCCGUUCUUCUCCAUGUUCUCGCUCUUCGAGGGCUCGCCGACGUACAAGCAGCGGCGGAAGAAGGUCCCGAAGCACCGCAGCCCCAGCCUCCUCGGCAUCUCGCCCUACAUGUCCGACCACGCCGACGACUACUUUGGCGUCCCCGCCUCCGCCCCCGCCGCGCACGGCAUGAACGCCAUGCGCCCGCCCGAGCCCCAGAUGGACCGGUACGGGCGGGACACAGCCCGUCUGAGCGCCGCCGAGAUGUUCCUGGCGCAGGCGCGCGGCGACUUUGGGCCUCAGAGCAACCCUGACCUCAUCGCCUCGCAGAAGGAGCGCCAGCGGCGCGCCAUGCUCGCGCGCGCGGGCCAGCUCGCGGACAAGGGCUACUUCGCCCCUGGCAUGCCCGGCGCGGACGGAGGGAUGCACCAGCAGGCGCUGCGCGCGUCUCCCGAGAGCAUCUACGGGUCGCUCCCUGUCGACCACGACAUGGGCCGGCCGCACGCGGAACAGCGCCACACGUUCCCGCUGCCGCCGUUCCCGAUCCAGGACCGCGUGCGCGCACACACACAGCCCUACGGCGGCGAGGUGUCCUCGGCGUGGCAGCAGCCCGCGUCGGACCCGAUCGCGAUCCAGCGCACCAAGGCGUUCGUCUGCCCGCUCUUCUCGUGCGGCCGCAUGUUCAAGCGCAUGGAGCACCUCAAGCGGCACCUCCGCACGCACACCCUCGAGCGGCCGUACCAGUGCCAGCGCUGCAAGAAGCGCUUCUCGCGCUCGGACAACCUCAACCAGCACCUCCGCACGCACACCCGCGGGGAUGGCGCCGAGCGCGGCGAGGGCGAGGGCGAGGGUGAGGGCGAGGCGGACAUCGAGAGCGAGGACGUCGACGAGCUCGACGACGAGGCCGGCAUCGAGGGCUACAUCAACGCGCUCGGCACCAUGCCCGACGUCCAGAUGUGCGAGGUCGAGAUCCAGGGCCAGGUCCACGAGGUGCAUGGCGACGAAGACGGCCUGGUCGUCCCCGCGCCCGGCCUCACGCCCUCUGGGUCGACGAGCACGAGCGUGGACGAGGCCCAGGAGCUCUACUACAGCGACGCCGGCCUCGUCGACUCGGAGCAGAGCCCGUUCGUGACCGGCUCGCCGGGCGGCAGCCAGUGGGCGGCCAUCCGGUCUUCGCACCCCAGUCCCGCGUUCAGCACGGUCAGCAUGCCUUCGCCCAGCCUCAGCUCGUCCUACGGCUCAUCGUACAGCGUCACGGACUACAUCUCGAUGUCCGCGCCGUCGCACAAGCAGUCGUUCGACCACGCCGCCCUGUACCCGACCGGCGCGGAGCUCAACGGCCCUGGCCCGAUCCGCCGCCACCGCAGCGCGACGCCGUCGGUCAGCCGGUACAGCGAGGGCGCCCGCCGCCCGUACACGGCCUCCGAGAGCUCGCGCUCCUUCCACCCGUACGCGCUGCCCGCGCACUCGGCCGACAGCAGCCCGAUGGCGUACAACGUCCCGCUCGCGUACGACGACUCGCCGCAGAUGGCCGCGCUCAGCCGGCCGCCGACGCACCACCAACACCACCAUCACCAUCACCACUCGCACUCGCGCUCGAGCUCGACGGGCCAGCUCCAGGAGCAGCUCGACCAGAUGCUCAACCUCGAGCCGAUCGACGGCGCCGCUGCCGCUGCUGCGGGCCUCGCCGGCAGCUUCCACGAGCCUCCGCCGAUGGCCGGCGGCCCCGCCGUCGGGGGCGCGUACGGCGAGCUCUACCGCACCGACUCGCCGAUGCAGUUCGCCGGCGCGCCCGCGGGCCCGUACGACGUCGACGUCGACGUGCACUCGCAGAGCGUGUUCCCCAUGUCCCUCGACAACGACGUCGCGCCCUUCCCGCUCCAGCACAGCGGCGGAUUCUACAACGACCUCGCGCCUCACGGCUCUGUCCCGAUGUGA